AGGUAUUGAAAUUUUGGUUAUUUAUUUGAGAUUUGGGUUUUUGGAGGCUCAAUUUCUCGUAUAUUGAGACACUAAUUAUUAGUCGAAAUCACAAAAACCUCUAUGGGUCGAAAGAAGCCGACUGGCCGAGAGGACGAGAACGCCGCUGCCACACAGGGCGGUGGUGGGAAGUCCAAAAAGAAAAACCUGGUUAUUGAGGACGAUGAAUACUCAGUUGGGACUGAGGUAUUGGAAGAACAAUCGGUUCAGGAAGAGACCAUAGCGCCAGCUAUUAAUAAAAAGAAGGGUAAGAAGGGAAAUUCAAAGAGUUCGCACAUCACAGGUGAUGAUAAUGAUAUAGAGUUGAAAGAUGGAGAAGAAGAGGAUGAUGUUCCAGUAACUCAAUUUGGUGAUAAAAAGAAGAGUAAGCCGAAGAAGAGUCGGGGUAACAGUGUAUUUAGUUCUUCAAAUUUUGGGUUACUUGGAGAGGAGCAUGAGGAUAAUGACGAAAGUUCGGUUGUGAUUCAAGAUAGGGAUGACGAGGGUGCUGGUAGUGAGGAAGAGAAUGAGAGUGUAGUGGCUUUUACAGGGAAAAAGAAGCCAUCAAAGUCAAAAAAGGGUGGUAAUGUGUUUAGUGUGGCAGCGUUUGAUGCGGUUGAUGAUGCUGAUGAAAGUGGCAUGAUGGAUAAUGAGGAUGAGCCUGCUAUUUCUUUUAUGGGGAAAAAGAAGCCAUCAAAAUUGGGUAAGAAAGGUGGUGGCAGUCUGUUUGCAGUGGCUAGCUUUGAUGGACUUGAUGAAGGAGGCGAGGAUAAGGAUGAAACUAAAAAGGAUGAAGAUGAUGCUGAGGUUAUUUUCACGGGUAAGAAGAAGAAGUCUUCAAAAUCUUCGUCGAAGGUCAGUAGUAAUUCAUUUAGUGUAGCACUGCUUGAUAGAGAAAAAAACGAAGAUGCUUCAGUUUCUAAAUUGGGUGGUGAUAAUAUUGACGAUGAUUUUGGUGCGUCGGAGGAAGAUGCGUCAGUUAUUAUGUUUUCUGGUAAAAAGAAACCUUCCAAAAAGAAGAGUAAUAGUGUUUUCAGUACACUUGAUUCUGGGCUUGGAGAUGGAUCAUCGCACGUGGUUGAACCUGAACAAUGUAGUGUGAGCACUAGUACUAAAGAAGCCGAUGAUUCUAAAAACAAAAAGCAGGUGAGUGAAGACCUGGCCGAAACUUCAAAGAACAAAAAGAAGAAAAAGAAGGGUGGAAGAACUGCUCAAGAAGAGGAUGACCUUGACAGGAUUCUAGCAGAACUCGGUGAAGCGUCCUCUAUAUCAAAACCUGGUCCAUCUCCAUCUCCUCCUCAUCCUCAAGAAGCAGAGCUUCAGACUCAGUCUGAGCCAGUUGGGUCUGCAGAUGCUAUAGGUGAAAAGGAAACCGAAGAGGAAGCUGCAGCUGCAGUGGAAGAAAAGCAAGAAAAGCCGGAAGAAACAAAGACUAAAGUACCAGAUAAGAAAGUCCCGAAGCAUGUAAGGGAGAUGCAAGAGAGACUUGCCAAGCUUAAGGAAGCAGAAGAAAGGAAGAAGAGGGAAGAAAAGGAGAAGUUAAGGAAGGAAGAAGAGGAGCGGCUUCGGCAGGAAGAACUUGAAAGAUUAGCAGAAGAGAAAAAGCGCUUGAAAAAGGAAAGGGAAAAGGAGAAGCUUUUGAAGAAGAAACAGGAAGGGAAACUUCUAACUGGGAAGCAGAAGGAAGAAGCUCGUAGGUUGGAGGCAAUGAGGAACUAUAUACUUGCAAAUGCGGGAGUGCCUCCUCCUGGUGGAGACACUGGUGGUGCCCCAGCAAAACGACCCAAGUAUCAAACAAAGAAGUCAAAGCCGCAUCCUCAAACCAAUGGUGUGGCCAUUACAAAAACUUUUGAAAGCAUGGAAGCGAAGGAGAACCAGCAGGAAACUGUGUCAGAGGUAGAUUCCCUGGAAACAGAGAAGAUCGAAGAAGUGGAACAGCUGACUGUGGAGAAAAUGGAAGAAUCUGAAAUGGUUGAAGAGAACGGAAUUGAAGAAGAGGACAAUGACGAGGAAUGGGAUGCAAAAAGUUGGGAUGAUGCUGAUCUGAAACUGCCUGGUAAAAGUGCUUUUGCUGAUGAAGAGGACUCGGAACCUGAACCUGUGGUCAAAAAAAAGAGAAAGAAUGUACGACCAGCUACUCGUGAUGUGUCAUCGCCUCCUGGAGCUGCCACCCUAGCCAUUGCUACCCCGAAAGUCACCUCUACUCGACCAGUCAAAUCUGAGGACGUUGAAAGUAACAAAACCAUUCUGGAGAGUGGGCUUACAGACAAGAAUAAACGAAAAGAACCUCCAAGGAACAAGGAACAAGCAAAAUCAGAUGCUUCCUCCAACCAUGAAAGUAAUCUCCGUUCCCCAAUUUGCUGUAUUAUGGGUCACGUAGAUACUGGUAAAACCAAGCUUCUUGAUUGUAUACGGGGUACUAAUGUUCAGGAAGGUGAGGCUGGAGGUAUUACACAGCAAAUUGGUGCGACAUAUUUUCCUGCGGAGAACAUACGGGAGAGAACCAAGGAACUGAAAGCUGACGCUAAGCUUAAUGUCCCAGGCCUAUUGGUUAUUGAUACACCAGGGCAUGAAUCUUUUAGUAAUUUGCGCUCUCGGGGUUCAGGUCUAUGUGACAUUGCAAUUUUGGUUGUAGACAUAAUGCAUGGUUUGGAACCACAGACCAUUGAAUCACUCAAUCUGUUGAAAAUGAGAAAUACAGAGUUCAUUGUUGCCUUGAAUAAGGUGGACAGACUUUAUGGAUGGAAAACUACUCGCAAUGCACCAAUUGUGAAGGCAAUGAAGCAACAGUCGAAAGAUGUUCAAAUUGAAUUUAAUAUGAGGCUUACUCAGGUCAUCACACAGUUUAAGGAGCAAGGGUUAAACACUGAAUUGUACUAUAAAAACAAAGAGAUGGGGGAGACUUUCAGUAUCGUACCUACUAGUGCAAUCAGUGGUGAAGGCAUUCCUGACUUGUUAUUAUUACUGGUUCAAUGGGCUCAAAAGACAAUGAUAGAGAAACUUACGUACAUCGAUGAAGUGCAGUGCACAGUUUUGGAGGUAAAGGUUAUUGAAGGCCAUGGGACAACCAUUGAUGUGGUGUUGGUUAAUGGUGUGCUUCAUGAAGGAGAUCAAAUAGUUGUGUGUGGCAUGCAGGGACCUAUUGUUACCUCAAUUAGAGCGUUAUUGACGCCCCAUCCAAUGAAAGAACUCCGAGUUAAGGGAACGUAUCUGCAUCAUAAACAAAUCAAGGCUGCCCAGGGUAUCAAGAUUACUGCACAGGGCCUUGAGCAUGCAAUUGCAGGCACUGCUCUAUAUGUGGUGGGGCCUGAUGAUGAUGUGGAAGAUAUCAAGGAAUCAGCCAUGGAUGAUAUGAGAUCCGUAAUGAGCAGGAUUGACAAAAGUGGCGAGGGAGUUUAUGUUCAAGCAUCUACUCUUGGGUCAUUGGAAGCAUUGCUGGAGUUCUUGAAGACUCCAGCGGUAAACAUACCUGUUAGUGGAAUAGGUAUUGGCCCUGUGCAUAAGAAGGAUGUCAUGAAGGCUAGUGUCAUGCUUGAAAAGAAGAAAGAGUUUGCAACAAUUUUGGCUUUCGAUGUGAAAGUUACACCAGAGGCUCGGGAACUUUCAGAUGAACUUGGUGUCAAAAUAUUCCUAGCUGAUAUAAUUUAUCACUUGUUUGAUCAGUUUAAGGCCUACAUUGAUAAUCUCAAGGAGGAAAAGAAGAAGGAAGCUGCUGAGGAUGCAGUAUUUCCAUGUGUUCUCAAAAUUAUGCCAAAUUGCAUCUUUAACAAGAAGGAUCCAAUUGUUUUGGGGGUUGACAUUCUUGAAGGCAUUGCUAAGAUUGGAACUCCAAUUUGUAUUCCCCAGAGGGAGUUCAUUGAUAUUGGGCGGAUUGCAUCAAUUGAGAACAAUCACAAGCCAGUUGAUUAUGCCAAGAAAGGCCAGAAGGUUGCCAUUAAGGUUUCACAACCACCAAAUAAGAAAGCUAUACGAUCUUCUGUUGAAAUCAAUGUAGCUCAGAUGUGGACCCAGUAUCACAUGAAAGAACAGUAUAAUAUGUAUGUAGACACUGACAUUAUAAAUACUGCAGACUAA